AAGUUUUUUUUAAUGGAUGGGAUCUGCAUCUGCUCUUGUAGAAAUACAAUGUGAUUCACGGGUGUAACAGAGAGAGAGAGAGAGUUUCCUUUCCUUCUCUUCUUUUGUGUGCUCUCUGGAGUGUCUUUGCGUCAUUUCUCCCCUCUCUCUUUAUCUCUCCACUUUUUUUCUCCCUGUAUGUGCUUUAUUUCACGAAGAACCUGAUUCUCCAAACACGAGGAAUGAAUUACUUUUCUCUUCCUUUCCUUUUUUCUCUCACUCAAUCUGUUUGAACCGCAAAUUUGGAGAGAAAGUGAGAGAAAAGAUCUGGAUUUGGCUUGUUGGUAUCUAUUCUGCGCCGUCGAAGCCGUUUUCAACGGGCGGAUGUUGUUAGUUUGUGAUGAUCAAUAUGAUAGAAACAGACAAGAGUCGAGACGUGAGGCGUGUAGCGAGUCGGUUCUCGCGACAGAUUAAGCAAUCUGGACACAAGCAUAUCUCUGCUGCUUUGAACGGUAGAGCAAAUUCGAGUAACCAGGACGAGUAUAAAAUGGAUUGCGAAUUAGCUGAUAGAGAAGAGUCCCUUCCUUCCCAGGCUCCUUCUGUCAGUGGCAGUGGUGGUAAAAGAUUCAAGCUACCCAGAAAGCAAUUUUUUGAUGACUGCAAUGGCGUUGAUCAUGUUUCUGUUCCGCGGAAGCUACGGUCAGCCAUGAAGAAACGCAAUCGGGAAUCUUUUUUAUCUCCACCUUUGCCAAAUUCAAAGAAGUUGAACCGAUCUAGUAGUGGCGUCAAAUCACCCAAAAUGGUUGGCCUAAAGAAAUCGAAACAGAACUUGAAGCAAGGGUCCCCAAACUGGUCCCUGAAGCAUAUUGUUGGUGGGCCUAUCACCAAAGAUGAGGAAGAAGUUGUGGAGACACUGUAUGCUUUGGCAGGAAUGUUCCCUAACAUUGAAGCUGAUCGUAGCAACAACUUAGAUGGUGUUUCUUCAGAAGCAAGUCCUUCAGCUUUGCAAGAGGCUAGUGAGAGACUUGAACCCAAAUUGGAAGCUUCUGCAACUAUAAAAGAAGACUUGAAUGGAAUUGGCAGACCAAGAACUGAUGAGGCUGUUAAUCCUGCUUCUGACAUAGAAAGAUCACCUGAAGAAACUACUAAACUUUACACACCGAUCACACAAGAACCAUAUGAUUUGACCAGCAACAAAAAACAUGGAGAAUUAGACAGUUCUAUUGCUCAAGUGGGUCUGCACAAGACGGUUAAUUACGAGGAACAAAAGCCAGCAUGCAACUUGGUUAACUUUUGUUUUCCACGUGGAACAGAUCAGGAUGCUAGUACACUAAGGCAGCCUGCAAAACUAGAAAAUUUGCUUGACAGAAUGAUGGAGAUAUCAUUGGCACAGACUCCAGCAAUUGGAAGUCAACCAGACCAACAGCAUGCGAUUGGCAAAUCCAAGAACAAUGGUCCAAUUUUGUGGCCAGGAUUGUCUUCGGCAGUGUCAAGUAGUGCUUGCCAUGGUCCUUUGUCGCAAUCUUGUGCUGCUAAAAUACCUGCUUGGCUUGGUACCAGACCUGAUUUGUUGCGUAAUGGUUCAAUUGGAAAGGUUUUGAAAGUUUCAACUGACAGAAGGUCAUGGAAGAGGUGUGCAGCUCAUGUUUACAUAGGCUGUCUCAUUCGGGCUUUACAAAUACCUGAGAGAAAAGAAAGCUUUUCAAUGCCUCCUCCAAGUCAACUGAGACCGCAUGAAGUAUUGAAACAGGGUGUUCUUAUGACAAUAAAUGACUUCAGUGACAUCAGAAAUGAUUUAAAGGGAAUUAAAGCAGCUAGCACAGUUAAUGCAGUUCUGAAGAAUUCAAAUGAUACUAAAAGUGGUAUUCUUCAACACCUAAAGCCUCACCAAGAUCAUUCUCAGGCUGCUCUGGCAUCUGGUGCAUACACCUGCCAGAAGAAGGGCUUCAAUUUCCUGUCCCUUUCAGCUGGUGGUGGUGCCAUGGAACCUAAUAACAGGUCUAAUGGAACUGGAAAUGGUUUGGAACCAUGUGCACAAAUGCAAAUUCCUUAUCAUUUGCAAAACCCCACGCUCAUGCCUUUCUCUAUGUCACAAACAAGACUUACACCUGCUUACCCUGAUCAGCCUUCAGCAGCAGCAGCAGCACAACAGGCCCAGCUUCAGUUUCCUACCCAUCUCACCAGCCCAUAUUUUGUUCCUCAUGCAAGUUCCAAGGCCUUGACAAAGCUGCCACAGCAACAGCUUUGGGCUGCCCAGUUGGCAGCUCAGUACAGGAACACUGGAACUUCGACAGCCAUGACUCAUUUUCCAAGCUGGCCAAAUGGAAGGCAAGACUCGCCUGGGCUGAUGCCCUACGUCUCACCUUCAACUUCAACACUGGAUGUACCAGGCCCCAAGUAUCCUCAGAUCUCUCAGCAGCAGCAGCAGUUGAUGGCCAUCACUUUGCCGCAUGCAAGGAUGAAGAGGCAAUCUGUUUAUGAAGAAAAUGGAGUUAGGUUUUGAGCUAGUGGUGGUGUACUGCCAUUGCAUGAGUAACUGCAAUGAGCGAUUGUGAAACAGAAACAGAAUGGGGAAAAGAGCUGUUACAAUCAGACGACUGUAACAUUAUUUCAUUCUUUACUUAUGUCAACACUUGUGAGUUGGUGCUCAAUUUGGGUAUGUCUCAACAGAGUAAAUAGAUCUAAAGAUGUAACUGGGGCUUCAAAAUACCAUAAGAAGUGCUGGCUGAGCAACCUGAUGCCUGUUAAAGCGCAUCAGCUGCCAUGGGCACAGAGAAUUCUGCAGCGCCUUCUGAUGAUCUCAUUUAAAUUGGAGUCUGAACAAUUUACGACGAACUUGGGAAUAUAUUUGCUUGUGCUUAUGCUCCGUUUUCAGUA